CAUUAGUCAUUAGACAACAGCAAACCAAAACACCUGUGAGUUAGCACUUCACACUCCGUAAGACAGGUAUAAUUAGAAAAAAAACAAAAACAAAAACAGAAUAACAAACUGUGAGGUGCGGCAUUGACAACCAUGGCAGUCACGGCGUCGGCGCUGAUGCGGCGCGGUGUGUGGGACGUGAGGGCCAUGCAAGCCAGAAACUUCAAUUCUGAACGGACAGGGAAUGUCGGCUCCAGUGCGGGGUCGGUCCGGGAGGCUGGUGGGGCCUUCGGAAAAAGAGAUCAGGCCGAAGAGGAACGAUACUUCAGAGCUCGGACUAAAGAACAACUGGCAGCCUUGAAGAAACACCUUAAAGAUGAGAUCAUUCAUCAUAAAAAGGAGAUGGAACGUCUGCAGAAAGAAAUUGGGCGGCACAAGCAGGCCAUCAAUAAACUAAAACAGAAUCAUGAGGAUUAAGUGACACAGUUCCCCAUAUAAUGGCUGCAUAUCAUCGCCCACUUCUAUGGAGACAUAGUUCUGGUCUCAUAUCUAACUGUGCUGCCAACAAAUUAUAAUAAAUU